AAACAUUCUGACGUCGUUUCAAACAUUUUUCUUUUCCAGAAACUUUUUUUGCCAUUUCAACGAGUGAAACAUGUUGACGAAUUUUGCGAGACAACCAUCUGAAAACGUCGGGGAGCAUCAGGAGUCGAUUUGGGUAGAGUUCGGAAAACUUGCCAUCGAAAAUAAGGCGGUGAGCCUUGGCCAAGGAUUCCCAGAUUCACCAGCACCAAAAUUUGUCACUGAGAUCUUAAAGGACAUCGCUAGUCAUCCGGAGAAAAUUGAGUCGCAUCAGUAUACGCGAGCGUUUGGCCAUCCAGACUUGGUUGGGAUUCUCUCCAAAAUUUACUCUUAUUUCUACGGUGUGAACGUUAACGCAACCGAUGAUAUCCUGAUUACCGUCGGCGCCUACAAUGCCCUGUACUAUUCAUUCCUCGGGUGGAUUAGUAAAGGAGACGAAGUUAUCAUCAUCGAGCCAGCCUUCGAUUGCUACUUUCCACAAGUGAAGUUUGCUGGAGGAACUCCAAUUUCUGUUGUUAUGAAGUUGAAAGAAGGCUCAAAGAGCGCUUCUCAAUUCACGAUUGACUUCGAAGAGCUUGAGAAGAAAAUCAACAAAAGAACAAAAAUGAUUGUAAUUAACAAUCCUCAUAAUCCAACCGGAAAACUUUUUUCUCGUGAAGAGUUACAGCACAUUGCCGAACUUGCUCGUAACUACGAUCUCAUUGUAGUUGCUGAUGAAGUUUACGAGUUCCAUGUAUCUCAGCCGAAAGAAAUGAUUCGAUUUGCAAGCCUUCCUGGAAUGUACGAACGAACAAUUUCAAUUGGAAGCGCCGGAAAAGCGUUAUCUGUAACCGGCUGGAAACUCGGAUGGGCAAUCGGACCACAACAUCUCCUCUCCCCGUUGAAAACAAUUUCUCAAAAUUGUGUUUACACGUGUCCGACUCCUAUUCAAUUGGCAAUUGCACGUGCCUUUCAACAGGAUUGGCCUAAAUUCAUGGAGAAUCCAAACCAGUCGUAUUUGGCAACCGGCUUGCCCAAAGAAGUUAUGCAGAAAAGGAAGAUUUUGGCAAACAUGCUGGAAAAAGCCAAUUUCCAAACAAUUCUUCCAGAGGCUGGAUUUUUCAUGCUCGCAGAGUGCAAGCUGCCAAUGAAAUCUUUCAGUUUCUCUCCCAUUGUCGGGAAAGAUCCACUGGAUGUUCAGUAUUCAAAGUGGCUGUGUCGCGAGAAGAAACUUGCCGUGAUUCCCUUCAGUAUUUUUUUCUCAUCUAAAGAUCAGAAGCAUCUCAGUGGAAGAUUUGUUCGACUCUGUUUUUUCAAGAAAGACACAACUCUUCAGGCUGCAGAGAAAAUUUUCAAAACUUUCGAAAACAAUGAUGAGAAGAUUUUGGAACGACCUGUCAAACUUUAAAAGCUUUUUAAAAUUCACAACUCUAACCUUUCCGUCAUUUUAAUAGAUCAUAAGAAGACGUUUUGUUGUUUAUAUAGUUGUUUUCUAUUAUUGUUCUAUUUUUUCAUUCUCAUUUUGUCUUAGAUAAGUAUUUAUUAUUUUAUUCUGAACCUACUAAUAUUUUUUGGAAAUCAUUCAAAAACAUCGUUCAUUUCAAAAAAAAUAAUUUUUAUCUAAUUUACUUCAUUUUCUAUUUACGUUUUUCGGAGAUUAACAAACCAAAUAAUAUGUAUGUAGGGUUUUACCCUUUU